GGAGGUUUGCUGACGUCACUGAAGCGCCCUUGCUGGCUCUCGUGAGCUGUUGGCAAAAAAGAUGGCAAAAUCUGAUAGGCAGCUGUCGAGCUACUAUAGCAUCUAAAAUCCAAUAAUGUUGCCAUUGAAUGUCUAUUGUGUAAUUGUUUAGCGUCACCCAGCAUAUUAUAGAUGCUAACAGACGACAAAAAGGUAGUUUAUUGCAGAGGUUUUCACCACUGGCUAUUGUGUUAGUAGCGAGGUGAAAAAAAGAAGAGAGCUUCUGCUGGCUUGACCACGUACAUGGAAGAUACCAGCCUCCAUAUGUCACAUUGAACAUAUGUUGACGGGAAUGACAGCAAAGGACUCUUCAUUCUCUGCAGAUUGGCGUCACAUUUAGCAACGGCGGAUCUGCAAGCUCCUGUUGGAAACGCGAUAUCUGCAUAUGCCGCAUGCCAGUGAAAGUGGAGAGAAUUCAUCCAUUAUGAACAUUGUGCCUUCUGCCUUCAGCUGAGCAACCACAAUCACAAGCACAAAUCAGCGUGAUCAUCAGCACACUUCUGAAGCUACCAACCCUAGUUUUGCUGCUUCCUUUGAGUAUUUUGUUCAGAACAUGUAUGGUAGCGCCCGCUCGGUUGGCAGAGGAGAUGCCAACCAUAGUGGAGGCAGGGAUGCAGGCGGGGCCAGUAAUCAGGGAUCAGGACGCUCCCCUCGCCUCCCUCGCUCCCCCCGCAUGGGCCACCGUCGCACUAACAGCACUGGGGGCAGUGGAGGAGGUCCCGGAGGUGCAGGGGGCAAGACACUUUCGAUGGAGAACAUCCAGUCCCUCAAUGCAGCAUAUGCCACCUCUGGACCGAUGUACCUGAGCGACAAUGAGGUAGCCAUGGGGGAGCACCUCCCCAAAAGCGCAGGUGGGGCCGUGACCACCAUGGGACGGCAGCGGGUGACCUAUGGAUCGAGGAGCGGCGGCGGCGGCGUGGUGGCGGCGAGCACACCCAACAUCUCCACCUCGGUGCCUUCGAGCACGGUACUGCCUGUUGGCCUGAUGACAGGCGAGGCUUUGGCUUUUGGGGACCACCACAUGGCAUCCACGGUACCCCAUUCUUUAAGGCAGGCGAGGGACAACACAAUACUUGACCUUCAGGCCCAACUCAAAGAGGUUCUACGGGAAAAUGAAUUAUUGCGGCGGGAAGUGGAAGUCAAAGAAAGCAAGCUGAGCUCAUCCAUGAAUUCCAUCAAGACAUUUUGGAGUCCAGAGCUGAAAAAGGAGCGAGCGCUCCGCAAAGACGAGGUGUCGAAGAUCUCUGUGUGGAAGGAACAAUACCGCGUGAUUCAAGACGAAGCUCAGCACCUCCAGAUGACUGUGCAGGCGCUCCAGGAUGAGCUAAGGAUCCAGCGGGACCUUAACCAGCUGUUCCAGCAAGACCCUGCAAGCCAAGGUCGGGAUCUGGCCCUGGCGUCAGAACUGACCGAGGAGAACUUUAGGCGACUGCAUUGUGAGCACGACAGGCAGGCCAAGGAGCUCUUUCUCCUUCGGAAAACUUUGGAGGAGAUGGAGCUGAGAAUUGACACGCAGAAGCAAACUCUGGGGGCCCGAGAUGAAUCCAUCAAGAAACUCCUCGAGAUGUUGCAAAGCAGAGGUCCAUCUGCUAAGGCUUCAGAGGAGGACCAGGAGCGCACCAGGAGACUGGCCGAUGCAGAGAUGCACCGCCAUCACCUGGAAAGUUUAUUGGAUCAGCGAGACAGAGAAAUAACUGCAUUAAGAGAAGAGCUACAUCGCAGAUAUGAAGGAACACCGGAGUCCACCAAAACGAAGGCUUUACAAACAGUCAUUGACAUGAAGGAUGCAAAGAUCAACUCGAUGGAACGAAACCUCAGGGACAUGGAGGAGGAGCUGCUCUUGAUGAAGUCGAAUGGACUUCUGAGCUGUGAGGAGCGUCAGGAGGAGAUGAAGCAAAUGGAGGUUUACCGCAGCCACACCAAGUUCAUGAAGAGCAAGAUGGACCAGGUGAAGCAGGACCUCUCUAGGAAGGACACUGAGCUGCUCGGCCUGCAGACGAAGUUGGAGACGCUCACCAACCAGUUUUCAGACAGCAAACAGCACAUCGAAGUCCUCAAGGAGUCGCUUACUGCCAAGGAACAGAGAGCUGCCAUUUUACAGACGGAGGUGGAUGCCUUGCGCCUCCGCUUGGAAGAGAAGGAGGCCACUUUGAAUAAGAAGAGCAAGCAGAUCCAAGAAGUGUCAGAAGAGAAAGGCACGCUCAGUGGAGAGAUCCACGACCUCAAGGACAUGCUUGAGGUGAAGGAGCGCAAAGUCAACGUGCUUCAGAAGAAGAUUGAGAACCUGCAGGAGCAGCUGAGGGACAAGGAAAAGCAAAUGAGCAGCCUCAAGGAGAGAGUAAAGUCUUUGCAGGCUGACACAUCCAACACAGACACUGCCCUCACCACUCUGGAGGAGUCUCUCGCUGAAAAGGAACGAAUCAUAGAGCGACUUAAGGAGCAGCGAGACAGAGAUGACCGAGAGAAGACGGAAGAAUUGGAGUGCACCAAGAAAGAACUUAAAGAGUUGAAGGAGAGGCUGAGCUUACUGCAAGGGGACCUGUCAGACAGAGAGACGUCUAUUUUGGACCUGAAGGAGCAUGCGUCAUCGCUGGCCUCCUCUGGCCUGAAAAAGGACUCCAAACUUAAAAGUCUGGAGAUCGCCCUUGAGCAGAAGAGGGAGGAGUGUCUCAAACUGGAUAACCACCUUAAGAGAGCUCAGAAUGCAGCUCUGGAGGCUCAGGCCAACACUGAGCUGGCAGAGCGCAUUAAGAGCCUGGAACAGGAAGUUGCCCGCCACAAAGAGGAUUCUGGGAAAGCACAAGCCGAGGUAGACCGCCUGCUAGAGAUCCUCCGGGAAAUGGAAAAUGAGAAAAAUGACAAAGACAAGAAGAUCACCGAGCUGGAGGGUUUGGCCUCCAGGCAGAUGAAAGACCAGACAAAGAAGGUGGCAUCUCUGAAGCACAAGGAGCAGGUGGAGAAAAGCAAAAAUGCCCGACUGAUGGAGGAGGCCAAGAAGCGUGAGGAUAACAUGUCAGAGAGCUCGCUGCAGGUGAAGGACUCUUUGCGUCAGAAGUCGGAGCGCAUCGAGGAGCUGGAGGAGGCCUUGAGAGAGAGUGUGCAGAUCACCGCGGAGCGAGAGAUGGUGCUGGCCCAGGAGGAGGCUGCCAGGUCCCUGCAGGAGAAACAGAAGUACUCAGUCAAUGCAAUGCAUGAGUCCAACCGCGCCCACUUAACGCGGUCUAAGAUGGAGGAGCUGUUAGGGGCCAUGGAGAAGGUGAAGCAAGAGCUAGAAUCCAUGCGCGCCAAACUGUCCUCCACCCAGCAGUCUCUCUGCGAAAAGGAAGCCCACCUCACCACCCUGCGAGCCGAGCGCAGAAAGCACCUGGAGGAGGUGCUAGAGAUGAAGCAGGAGGCGCUGUUGGCGGCCAUCAGUGAGAAGGAUGCAAAUAUUGCCCUGCUGGAAUUGUCGUCCUCCAAGAAGAAAAAGACCCAGGACGAAGUGUCUUUGUUGAAGCGAGAGAAAGAUCGACUGGUGCAACAGCUCAAGCAGCAGACUCAGAACCGCAUGAAGUUGAUGGCAGACAACUAUGAGGAUGAGCACCUGAAGACAGCCCCCGACCAGACAAACCACAAGCCCUCCCCAGAUCAGAUGAUUACCCCUGUUGUAGCCCUGUGCCAGAACCGCAGCAAGCUCAAGCUCUACAUCGCCCACUUGACCGACCUCUGUUACGACCGCGACCCGAGCAUCCUCAGCCAGCACACGCCGCCCGCCCACUACCACCGCAGCGAACCGGAUAACUGGGAGGAGGAGCUCCUGAAGAUGCCGGUGGAACAGUUGGAGAAGGAGCUGGAGCUGUGCGAAAAGGAGAGCAGUGAGCUGCAGGAGUACGCCAACUGUGUCCUGCAGCAGAUCGCCGACUGCUGCCCUGACAUCUUGGAGCAGGUUGUCAAUGCGCUGGAGGAGUCGUGCUGACCCAUGGGAGCGGCCCAGGUUUGGUCCUCACAACCCCCCCGGCGAUAGACCCAAUUUCACCUCCAACAUUUAUAAGGCUCUCCCCACGGGGUUACAACACCGGAGGUUUCUUCCCAAAACUAACUUGAAAGUGCUUUCCUGUCCCAUUUUGAUGGCAUUUUAUUCUUAUUUGAACUGUAAGACACAAGUCAAAGAAAGAGCACAAUAUUUAACAUGACACAACAUUAUUGCACAUUUGGAGGAUGCAGUCGAACUUCUACAGUCAAACACAUGAAUUUUCCAUAGCACUUGUGCUCAUUUGGGUGGCAUGUAACUGGAGCCUCUCUUCGCUGAUUUUUUGGGGAGAGAAGGGUACACCCUCAUUGGUCGCCAGCCAAUGGCAGAGCACUUAGAGGCAAACAAGCAUGAACACUCACAUUCAUCCAGUCUUCAAAGCCGCGGAUUUUUAGGAUUAGAUCUUUUGGGACUUGUCAGGAUCAGGGCCAUAAAGAGGGGUCCUUCUCUGAAGUUCUUUUAAAGGAGACUAUUAUUCAUUUUUGCUCCCCCCCAAUUUAAAAGUUCCCUAAUAAAAGCGCUGUUAUGUUCUUUGAUCAAAAUACAUAACUGUCAAAGACAGCACAGUGUCAUGUUCCAGUUGAAAACGCCAAGUAUGGUUUCCGUUACCAUGAUGGCCAAGGUCAGUGUUCAGGCAUACAAGGAAGUCAGCAGCUACUCAGUGUUGCUAAUUUGGCGACUUUGUGGCUACAUUAGGGACAAUUCUAAACCCUCUUGUCUCACUUUUUUUGCCAAAUGACUUAGUGAGAAGGGAUGUACAAUUUUGGACAGGAAACCUCAAUUUAUAUUUUCGUUUAGGAAAACAAAAUUCACAUUAUAUUACUUUUUUUUUCUGGAACGGAUAUUGACUUUUCAAUUCAUUUCAUUGGGAAAAAUUUAUUUUAUCAUUGAGUCAAUUGAGUACCAAGUUUGGAAUUUGACUCGUAAGUCUAGCGACCACCGCAUUUCUAUGUAAGACACUAAAAAGUCAAUUUCCAUAAUAUGUCUCCUUAAUAUAAGGAUGAGAGAGACUGAGGGAGGGGCAAAUAAGGCAUUUUUACCCUGUUAUUCUGUGUAUGGUUUUGCACACUUGUUAUGAGGUAUGCAAAGUUUCUUUUGAGAACGUUUUAGUGGCCUUGGAGCAUGUAUGAGAGGUUGGGGAGUGGGGCAGUUGCGGACCUAGCCCAGGGAUGUUUUUUUUUUCUUUUUUUCCUGUACUAUUGGUGCUAUCAAGGCAUGAUGUAAGAAUUUGUUCCCGUGGUCUAUUUGGCGUUGAUCUCAAGUUCCUAAUGGAUGUUAGAAGGUCCAAAAUGUUCAGUUGGCCAAAUGCAACAAAAAGUAAGCAAUGGCUCCCUAAUUUCGUUCAGUGUUCUCUUCAGGGCUCUUUCAAUUAGACUUUUUAACAUCAGUUUGUAAAUAAAGUGAUAUUUAACAUGUGCUGUGACUGAAUUGAGAUAAGUGGGCCAUGUCGUGCAUUAUUUUUGGAGGUUUUAAAAAGAAUAACAAAAAAUAAGAAACAGUGCUGUUUACUUUUGUCACAGAGACAAAAUGUGCGUGUGAGUUCUGCUGACUAAAGUCUGCAGAAUCUUCGAUAGAAAUAUAUGAAUAUAAGUGCAUAGAUAUGUAUAAAUGUUAACUGUAUGGCUGUACAUUGAAUGUUUGCACAGAAUCCCGAGGAAUGAGCGGCUCCGGACAGAAAGUUGUGUGCGUCACUAAGGAAAAGAAAAUGUAUCCAAAUCAUGUGAUUGCGUGAUGGGGAGAGAGUACUGUUUGGUGUUGUUUUGAACAUUUCGUGUUGAUUGUCAGUGAGUUCCAUACAAGCCUGACAUUACAAUGUUAAGCUCUUUUCAGUUACACUGGCACCUCCAAAGUCCCAGUUUGGACUUCACACCAAACCAUUAUGUACCUUUUGCUUUUUCUUCGGCUUUUUUUGUAUAGGGCUGCAACAAUUAAUUGAAUAACUUCAAUAAUUUGAUUACAUUUAACAAAAAGAGACAAAAUAUCUGCUUUGGCAUUUCAUACACGUGCUGCUGAUGGCAAAAACUCAGUCACGCAAACACACAGACUUGCUAACUACACUCUCAUCCACUGACACCCAUGUCACUCACCAGGCUAGUCCCGCCUUUUAAAGCUGCAUACACUCAAAGUCUCAGAUAUUACUUAAUGUCAGCAAUCCCCAAGUAAACAAAAAUAAUACCUGCACCCUGCACAUUACUGUGUUUGAGAAAACAAAAUCCAUUUUUCAACAGUAAUUCAAUUGAUGGUGAUGAUGAUCAGUUGAAUACUUGAUCCUAAAAUGAUUCGAUAGCUGUAGUCCUUUAUAGAAAAGACGCUGUCAUGAAAAAAUGUAACAAGCACAGGAACAGAAAUUAAACUUAGGUUAUGCAAUUCCUUACAUUAAAUACCGGUAGUUUUACUUUUGCUGUAACCAAUCCCACUCCAAGUAAAGACAUGCCUAUAUUAUAAUACUCAUAAUCACAGUAAUGUGUAGCUUGGUCAAGAUUUUCUUCUGGGGAAAAGAAAUGUUCACUGUUGGACUUUGCCGGUCCCUCUGUAUUGUACUCUAUGGGAGGCUUGGGGAGAAAAUACAACUCCAGCCUAGGAAACAAACUUGUAUGUACUUGCUUCAUAAAUUCAAAUGUGGACUGGCCACCACAACGACCAAAUGUGUGUAUGUGUUUACUUUCCGUUCAGCAUGUGUGUGUGUGUGUGUGUGUGUGUGUGUCCUUGCAUUUGCCUUAAUGUCUCGUCUCAUCUCUUAAACAAGUCUGUUGAGGAAUUCAAGUGACUUUAUUUUUCAAUUUUGUAUUAUUAUUCAGAAGAAUUCCUUUGUUUUGGCAUUUGUAAAAGAAACAUGUUCAGCCUUGGAUGUGUUGCAAAAAAACAAAAACCUGACCAUAUUUGUGAGGUGUUUGGAUUUUGUAUGUAUGUAAAUAAAUAAAUUAUAAGCCUUA